GACGUCACAACUCUAGAAGGAACCAAGUGAAAUGCGCACGGGCCACCUCUGGGAGGUAUAAAUACCAGGACGUUUCGUGUUCUUGUUCCCCAUCCUUCCCCAGGAACUCCCAUCUCAUCUCUACUCUCUCUCACAACUCUUCUCUUUACGCCCACACUCUUUUAUCACCAUCUUCAACGAUGCUUUCCAUCACUAAAUCCAUCUCUAUCAUGUUCCUCGUCGGUGCUGCCGCCAACGUCGUCGCUGCUCCCUCGCCCCAGCCCGCCGAGCUUUCUGGUAGUCUUGUAGUCGACGUCGACAGGGCUAAUUCUUGCGUGAUCAAGAAGCCAAAUGGUGCUACUCUCUCGAUCAAGGGCUUUGCUAAUAUACUUCUUCUGAACGACCUCCACAUCGAUGGCUGCUCUAAAGAAAAGCUUGAGAAGUGCAAAGACAUGGAGACGGACGACGACCGAAGAAGAGCCAUUGAGAUAUGCCCCGAGCUCGAGACGUCUGGACAGAAUAUUGCUGUUACCGUUUUGGAGAAGUGCAUGAAGGAGGGCAUGGAGGAGUGCAGGAAGAACGGCAAAUGCCACGACGACGACCGCGAAAGGAAGAACGACGACGACGACGACGACGACAAGAGGUGCAAGGACAAGGCGUGCAAGAAGGCUGUUAAUGUUGCAACCCUUGCCAAAGUUGAUGGCUGCCCUUGUGCCAAGAAGGAUCCUCUCGUUAAGGUCGACGCAAUGGGCAUUGUUUCUUGAAGGAAGGCUCGCUGUAGAUUGUAACUUAUGAAAACCGUGUAUUUUCUUUACUGGGGGCCGGAGCUCUUAUGGUCCAAUCAUUAUCACGAUCCUCCUCGUAGCGGGUUGUCAGUGCUCUCUGCAGGCUGG